UCCAACCAUUCGAGAUCUAAGAUGGCGGACCGGCGGCGAAGGAGGAGGCGCGCGUCCCAGGACAGCGAGGACGACGACGAGUCCGGUUCGGGCUCGGACAGCGGGAAGUCCGGCUCCCCGACCACCAAGAACCGUGUGAGAGAACCCGAACCGCCGGAGGUGACAGCAACCCGACCAGAGCCGAAACCCGUAGUGGAGUCGGAGUGUGAGAGUGAAGAUGGUGUAGGUGAAGCUGUCCUCUCAGACUAUGACAGUGCUGAUCCGGAGGAAAACGGCUCCCAUUCAGAGGGAGUGGAGGAGGAAGAGGAGGCAGAGCAGUUCAGCGAUGAAGAAGCUCCAGCAGCACCAACCGAGCCCAAACCGUCCACCACAGCCGAAGGCCCCGCAACAGUAGAGGAAGUCGUGGAUGUGGAGGAGGUGCAGGAGGGGGUGGAGGAGGAGGAGGUGGAGGAGGUGGAGGAGGUAGAAGAGGAGGUAGAAGAGGAGGAAGAAGAGGAGGAAGAAGAGGAGGAUAAGAAUGAAGAGAAAGAGGAAGGAGGACAGAGUAAAGAGGAGAGCAAAGCCGAGGAGAAGGGCGACCUGGCCGGAGAGAGACAGAGCGGGGACGGGCAGGAGUCUACGGACGACCCAGAGACGAAGGCGGGAGGGAUACCUGGACAGAAGCUGGACGACGACGAGGACCGGAAGAACCCGGCCUACAUCCCGAGGAAGGGCCUGUUCUUCGAGCAUGACGUCAGGGGACACGCUCAGGAGGAGGAGAGGCCUAAAGGUCGGAACAGAAAGUUGUGGAAGGACGAGGGUCGCUGGGACCACGACAGGUUCAGGGAGGAGGAGCAGGCGCCCAAAAGCCGCGAGGAGCUCAUCGCCAUCUACGGCUACGACAUCAGGAACGGCGGCGGCUCCGGAGAGCGGCCGUACCGGCAACGCAGGCCGAGACAGAGUUUGUCUCCAGGCAGAGACAAGCGCUGGGGGGACGGAGGAGAGCGACCCGUCCGAUCCUGGCACAGCGGAGGAGGAGGCCGAGGAGGAGCUCCAACCUCUUCCACAUCCCCUUCCAAUCUUCCCCUCACUUCCAAUCAGCGGAGCAGCAACGCCUCCAGACAGCCUCCCCCCCGCAGCAGACCAUCCCAGCCCCAGCAGAAUCACAUGCAACAUCCGCCUCAGUCCCAGUACAGGAAUAAUGAAUUAUACGCACCUCACCCCAGAGAACGACCGGGCCCUAAAGCUCAGUGCGAGCCUACAGGAGACAGGGGAGUGGUCAUCAGGGGGGGACGUGGUGGUGGGAGGGCGCCCUCUGUGCUGGUUGAGGACAUUACAUUCAGCCAAGGAGGCUCGAAGGAAGCGGACCCCGGGGUUGUAACGACGUCACAGCAGGGUGGUUACCCGUCUGCGUCUCCGAGACGACAGCAGCAGGAACAACGAGGGAGUGGCGACAUGUCUUCCUCUUCCUCCGACCCCCCCCAACAGUCGGCACAGACCAAUCGGGAAGCUUCCCCCCCUGCAGAGCGGCCGGUGGAACGUAAAUCUUACUUGGCGGCCCGCAAGACUCGCUCUCGGCCCUCCGACCUGGGCAGUAAACAGCCGUCUGUGGAGGAUUCUGCAGCCAGAGUGAACUCUUCCUCCCCCGGAGACGUGGGGGGGAAGAGCUGGUCAGGGGAAGGUAACGGGCCCAGUCAGGUGGGAGGAGGUGGCGGGCCGGGGGAGCAGGUACAGGAAUUGGCUCGGCUCAGUCUGGUAGGACAGAGCUGGAGCCCCAACCCAACGUCGUACUUCCGCUCCGAAAUGAGGGGCCUCCCCACCAUGCACGUCCCGGGCAGCCCGCCUCAGUUCUCCAACAUCGAGGAGAUCAGUGUUGGCUCAAACAGGGCCAAGCGAUACUCGUCCCAACGUCAGAGGACCGUGCCGGAGCCGGCGCCGCCCAUGCACCUGGGCGUGAGGGAGGGACACUACUAUGAACCCAUGUCGUACCAGGGACCAAUAUAUGCCCACGGGGAUGGCCCCGCCCCCAUCCCGCCGCAGAGCAUGCUGGUCCAGCCUGAGAUGCACAUGCCCCACCCCGGUCUCCAUCCCCACCAAUCAGGCGGCCCGAUUGCUAACCCCGCCCUCUAUGGAGGCCCACCAGUUUCUCUGCCGCCGCUGCCAGGGCAACCUCAGCAGCUGCUGCCUCCGCCGUUUUACCCACCUCCGGGGGUCAUGACCUUCCCGUACCCCACCAUGUACCCGACUCAACAGGGUCAGGCCCAGGUGUACGGCGGCGUGACGUACUACGACACCAUGCAGCAGCAUGCCCAGCCCAAACCCUCGCCCCCCCGCCGCACCUCGCAGCCCGUCACCAUCAAGCCCCCCCCUCCGGAGUUACGCUUCGCCUCAGAGUGACACCACUCCCUCACUUCCCCCCCUCGCCAACCAGUCUCAGCCUCACUCCCAUCGGAACACUACAGAGCUACCAGCGCAGCGCCCCCCCCCCAGAUCUGGCGCCCUAGUCGACCGCCUACGCCUAUGCCAAAAAUCGGCCCUGCCAGUACAUACCAGAGGAGCCGGGUGGGGGGUCAGUGAGGAGCUGCGGUCCCCACCAACAUUCUUCUUCUUUUUUUAUCUGUAUGAUUUUUUUUUUCUUCGUUUUUUCCUCUUUGUUCCCUGUAGCAGCGAGGCAGACGGCUCUGUAACUCGGCAGCAGGUUUGAUCCCACCAACGUGUCUUUGAGCAACAACAAAGCUGAACCUGGAAAAGUAAAAAGAAAAUUCUCCAAAACCCUUUAGAAGCAUUUAACAUGACACAGUGACACGGACAGACUGUUGUUGUGAAAAGUAUUUUUGUUUGUUUUACGGUGAAGUGUCCUGUUGAGUCGGACUGAAGCGGCCAUAUAAACGGUUUCUUUUUUGUAUCAGUUUAUUCAGCUAGUCGGUUUAUUUGUGUCAUUUGAAAGUAAGCAGAGUUAAUGUGCGGAUGGAGAAUGGGUUGAGUCUGAGCGCAGACGACCCGGUGCUUCCUGUUACAGCUCACUUGAUAGUUUCUGAUGUUUCGUCCCUUCACACUGACGGGCAGUUCCUGUAUUAAAAGAUCCCUGCAUUUAUUACUAUAAAUGACUUUCUCAAAGUCAGAGGUUAUGUUAUUAAAGGUCAUAUAUUCAAUUUAACACGAUAUAAAACACAAAAGAAGCAGAUUUUAUUGUAAUAGUACAUGUUAAAUCAGCGUUUAGUACGAAACCUGUAAGGAAAGUGAUACAUAUUUUUGUUGGUGAUCUAUUUUUGAAUUCUGAUCGGGUUGCCCCUGUUUUAUGACCUGCAAGUUUUUUGUAAACAAUAUUAGCACCAGUAUUCUGCUUUAUUCUUUGCAUUACAAAAAGAUUAGAAGUUCAAAAUAAGAGUUCUCGAGAAUAAGGUUGUAUGUUAAAAAAUAGCGAAGGGGGCAGUGUAAAAAAAACAAAGAGAGAAAAAGUCUCACACGGUUUAAGUGAUACAUUUAGUAAACAUUCUGCUAAAUGUGACGUAACGUUCCAGGGAACAUUUACAUUGUUUUUCUCGUAAAUUAGAAAAAAAAUUCUAGUAAACUUUUGGGUCACUUGUUUAGUUUUGUCUCCAGAAAUAUACAUGUUUGUUUCCCACUUUAAUAUAAGACAACAGCUAGAUCCAACUCUUUUUUGCUAAAAAAAUACAAAUGUACGUGAAACAAGAACGUGACACAGAGACUGGAAGUUUGGAUCACAGUCGUGAUGGCUUCUAGAAACAUUCUGGCCAAACAUUUUUCCAUUGGCCACUACGUCAAAACCAUUUAGAUCAGACUUUAAAAGUUGGUCAUCUAUUCAUUAUUAUCCCCCUUAUCAACACAUAUUUAAAAAAUGUAUUUCCAGACGGCAGCUUUUUCAUCGAGCAGAGUGAAAGUGUAGUCCGUCUGACAGAAGCGUUAUGUUGCUGUAUAUAAAACAAUCUAAAUGUGUAUAUAGAGGCUUGAACAGAUAAAAUAGAGAAGUAAACAUAUUCUAAUAAAACUACUAGAUCUGAUUCAGAGCAAUCGGCAGGGACCUCGAAUGUUAACGGUGGAUUUAAUUUAGAGACGACAAAGGAGCUGUGGCUUCAGCUAUGAUUUGUAUGAUUACUUAUCCUUGUUUCAUUUUAAUACGGUUUCUUUUUUAUUGUUAGUAAAUGCAGGAAUGUCAUGAGGGUUUAGAAGUACACUGAGGAAACACUUUAUCUAACAAAGUAUUCAUCGUUUGUUUGUCCUGCAACAGAAAUACACUUUCGGAGAUGGAAGUAUAACCAGAAUUAAAGGGUAUUCCUCACCGUUUCUCAUCUUCCAGCUCUUUAUUUAGCAUUUAAGGUAAAGAAUGAUGUGUUUGUGGAUUGAUGUCAAAUUUAAAAGCAGGUUGUUUAAAAUAAAUGCAUGAUCAAAAUGAUUUCAAAGAAAAUGUUUUACAACAGGUUAAUAAAGAAGCACAUUUCGGCAAGGAAAAGUCCAACCGUUUCUAGAGAUGUUUCACAGUUUCCCUUAAUUAAGUUAAGCAGUUUUACUGCUUGAAAACUGACAAAGAAUUGAUAGAUUAUCAAAAUAUUACUUAAAAUAGAAUGUUUACCGAAACAACUUUGGCUCAGUGUCAAGCUAGACAUUUUACCAAAUCUUUGCAAUUUUUUCAUAAAAAAAUUGAAAAAUAUUUGACAGGAAUUAAGGUUAAUGUUGAACAAUAUUUCCACCAGUAUUCUGCUGUUUGACAGAACGCCUACAAAUCCUUAAAUGUGCUUUAAGAAAAAGAAAAAAUACUUAUGAGAAUAGAUUGAAAGUUACACAAAGUUCAGAGUAGAGAAAUCUAAAUGUCCACGGUUAAAGUUGUGAAUAUGAGAGACUGAUAUUCUCAAAUAUUGGGGGAAAGUAUAUGAGUGAUUUUUUUUUUGCAAAACUUUGUUUAUUUAGAACUCAUAAACUCAGGUAAUAUUCUCGUUUCUUUUAAUUAACUUUUUUUUUUCUUGCAAAUGUAACUCUUUAAUCUCUGAGAUAAUUCAAAUUUGCUUAAUAUAAGAGGAAUGCUAAUUUCAUUUUUUUUCUCCCUUUUUUUUUUCUUCUCACAUUUGUGAUUUUCUCUACAUGUAGGGUAAGGGUGAUCUCACUCAAGUAUUAUCGUACAUGUAUGCUUUUUUCUAUGGAAAUGUUCCCCUUUUUCAUUUGGAAUUCAAUGUAAUCCUUUAAUCUACAAGAAUAUUCAAAAGUUUUUUUCUCGGAAAGUUACAACUUUAUCCUCGGAGAACAUGAUUUUUCUUACUCGGAAAUGUGCUGCUUUUAUUUUCAGAUUCUUCGAAAUUGUUUUUCUCAAAAUGAUUCGGAGAUUCAGGGGUUUUUCCCCAAGAAAAUGGAAUUAUUUGAAUAUUUGACCAACCCAUACCCUUAUCAAGUCAUUAUUUGUUUCAGAUGUUUUUACUUUCCACAUUCAUAGUUGUAUUUCCUGGAGGGAUGGAGCGUGAACACGUGUUUUGGUGUGAUGCAUGACGCAUAUUCAAUCUGCCUUAUGAGAGGGAGAAAGUCGUUACUGACUCAUUCAUUUAUCAGUGGAUUAUAAAUGUUUUGGAUCGUAGAAACGUUAAGGGGAGGAUUCGUCUUGGUCCAGCCUUUGUCUUUCUUUCUCUCUUUCUACUUGAAUGUUCAAGUAGAAACUGGUUUGACUUCAUAUCCGUGGACUGAGCAAACUGUUGGCGGCCAUGUUUGUUUGUUUUAAUGUUACUGUUAAUUUGUUAAUGAAAACUGCAUCUGUGGUUUGUUUCUGUCUGUUGGUGGAGAACGAUGUUUUCCACACAGGAUCAAUAAAGAAAAUGAUUAACUAUAAAA